AUCUUCACGCAUGCGCAGUACUCAGGAGUCGCAGCUCAGGGAGUCUUUUCUGAAAAGGAAGCAAGUGACCGACUCUUAGAGCGGCUCCACAUACUGGAGCUGACUGGCGAACAGGAAGAAAAAAACACUUUAUAAUUAAGAUGAUUAUGUUAAAAUGUUCUAAUUCAAAUAAUUAUUUAAUAGAAAAAAUGAUGAUGAUGAUGAUGACGAUGAUGUAGUCUAUUUAUUAUGGAGCAAUACUUCUACAAGGGCGGUGGCCUAGCGGUGGCCUAGCGGUUAGCACUGUUGCCUCGCACCUCCGGGGUUAGGGGCUCGACUCCUACCCCCGCCCUGUGCUCUGGGGUUUCCUCCCCAGUCGAAAGACCUUUGUUGUAGGCUACUUAGCAUUUCCAAAUUGCCCCGAGUAUGUUUGUGCAGUUGGCACUCUAUCCAGCCUGUCCCCUGGGAUAGACACCCACGAACAGAUGAUGGCUGGAAGGAAGGAAGCAAUAUUUAUGCUUGUCUGAUUAUUGCGUAUUACAUUAAUUUGUAGUACAAUGAGUUUAAUACAAGGUCCUGGAAAAAGCAUGAGUGUAUUCAUUUUUUAAAAUUGUAAGUUAGUUCCAAUGCAAGCAACAUAUUGACUGGACAUAUUAAAAAAAAAAAAAAAAAAAAAGGGUCUGCUAUUUUCUUUCCUUUUCCCUUCAGUCCAGUCCGGAUGUUUCUGAGUUCCGGAUGUGUCAGAGUGUUUCAGAGCAGUGUGCUUUGUCAUGGGUGUCAUCCGCCCCACUGCUCUCACGGCUCUGAGCUCAGCUCUCUCAGCUCUACUCUCUCAGCUCUACUCUCUCUGAGCUCUGCUCGCUUCGUGGAGAGGCUUUAAAUGCAGGGGGAUCCACACACAUAAACCCACCGCUGCACUGAGGAGACACACAUUCAGCUUGUGAUCACAAGAUCCAGUUCUUUAGCUGUACGGAUUACUGACAUCACCAGUAUUUGAGGAACAGACCCGGAGGAAUAAAAGCGGCGAGGAAGCGCGAGCGGGAGUCGGGAGUGUGGAGUGUGUACCCCUGGACUGUCUCUCAUUCAGAGGAUUUGCCUUCAUGAGGGCACAGUCAUCGGCACUCGCAUUAUGAGAAAGACUUUGCAGAGUUUGGAGAACUGGGACAGGACUGUUUGGAAAAGUCUAGGAUCUGCUAUGAAUUCGCAGGCACUCGGAUGAAGUCGCCAGCUCUCUAAAUGCGUCUUCCCGAGCAGCCGAGAACAAUGAGCACCGGCUCUGGCAACUUUCUGCUAGUCCCCAUACCAGAGUACCCAAGCCUGGACUGUGUGCCUAACAAAAAUGUGAAAAUAGUCGUGCUUGGAGCUAGCAACGUCGGGAAAACAGCUUUAAUAGUACGAUUUCUGACCAAGAGGUUUAUCGGUGAUUACGAAGCCAACACAGGGGCCUUGUAUUCAAGAAAGAUAAAUCUUGAUGGGGAGCAGGUUUCUCUACAAGUGCAGGACACUCCCUGUGUCUCACUGCAGGAUGACGUAGAGGGCCUGUACUGCCAGGAACAGAUUAACCGCUCCAUCUACUGGGCAGAUGGCUACGUGCUGGUCUUUUCCAUCACGGACAUGCACAGCUACCGGACCAUUCAACCGCUCUAUGAGCAUGUGCGUCGCAUCCAUCCAAGCGGUAACAUCCCCAUCAUCCUUGUAGGCAACAAGAGCGACUUGCUGCGGGCACGCCAGGUACCUACAGACGAGGGCCAGGCCCUGGCAACCGAUCUCGGAGGACAAUAUUUUGAGGCUUCUGCCCGGGAGAACCAUGAGGGUGUGCAGGCAGCAUUCUUGCACUUGUGCCAGGAGGUGAGCCGGGCACUGGGAGGGGUGAAUGGUGAGAAGAGGAGGGGAGGACUGCACCUUGCUCGGCCGAAGAGUCCCAACAUGCAGGAGCUGAAGAGAAGAUUCCGGCAAGUGCUCUCUUCUAGAGGGAAAUCAACAACUGCAGUGUGAUGAUAAUGUAACGCCAGUGAUUGAUUCACAGGCCUGUUAGUGGAAUCAGUAUUGGCUGAGGAGUCAAAAGGUCAACCUUAAUAUGUAUGCUAACUUUAUUUUACACUGCAGCAUUGACUAGGGGAACAAUAAACGUGUUGAUUUUCAUACAAAGACAACCUUUGCCUGGAAGAACACUAAUAUGUAGAAUGAUUUGAUAAUGAUUUGUUAUGAUAUACCAUUACUGAUGUAUCAUAAUAAUAUAUUAGUGGUAAAUAAAGAUACAAAGUUUCUUAUAUCUUUUUUGACAAAUUGUGAUUUUAGCCCAUAACAUUGUUACAGAUGUUUCAAAAAUACAGUGAUAAUGUGUGAUGAAUUGUGAUGGCUAAGGAAAUGGCCUGGGCUUGGUUUUUCAUUAUUGCUGUAUGUAAGCUUUUAGACAAGUAGAGCUCUUAAACACCCUUAGAUGGAAAAAUAUUUUUGUACUGGGAAUAACUGCUCAUGAAUUAGAGCAAUUAUUUUUGGUUAUUUCUAAGUUAUUUCUAAGUUACCCUGUCUGGCUGAUAUCCAUAUAUAGGAAGGAGGACACGCAUCUGGUGGUUCUCAUGAACUUUAACCCACUCAGGCUGUGUGAAGCCAAAGCAGAGGUUGGGUGAAUAUUUCAUAUUUCAUUCACUCAUUCGUUUAUUUAUCCUUCCCAAUUUGUAAGGGGGAUUACAGCCUGAAGCUGCUUUCCUGUAAAGAAAAUUCUGGAAUGUGAUAUUCAUUCACCGCAAACAGCCUUUGACCCCUAAUCUUGUUCCUUUGAACUUUGACCUUGAUUUUCCUGUUCUGAUCAGAAGCAGAUUUCAUUGCAGUGUGUCUCGCUUUUCUGUCUGAUAUCUGUUGUAAACAAAGAAAAUGUUGUGUAAGUAAAAGUGACAUUUUGAUA